UCUCUCUGUAACGUUGCUAUUCUCUUUCCUUCUCACCCUCCCGUCAUGGUGUUCCGUUCCUGGUUCUCCCGCUUCAGUCCCUCCUCUAAGCACAUCGCUCGCGCACUCUUCGCCACCGGCGCUCGCGAACGGUGCUCUUAUUCUGCUGAGACCUUAGCUCCGAAGCGGAGCGAUCGUCGCUUCCCCUGGCUCGCCGUGGCGGUUGCGCUGCCAUCUGGAGCUGCUGCAUUCGACUUCCUCCAUCGGGAUCCUUCUCUGUGCGAUUCGUCUCAGGAGUUGCAUCGCAUCGAAAGGACAGGAAGUAGCGGGUUGGUGGUCCAAGGACGUCAUAGGCGUGCGCCGCAGGAGCUCAUUGACGAACUGAAGUCUAUCUGUGAUGACAAUCUAACUUUUGAUUACGAGGAACGGUGUUUUCAUGGAAAACCCCAGAGCAGUUUUCAUAGAGCAGUCAACAUUCCUGACGUAGUUGUCUACCCAAGGUCUGAAAGGGAGGUUUCAGAGAUUGUUAAAGCUUGUAGCAAGCACAAGGUUCCUAUUGUACCAUAUGGUGGUGCCACAUCACUUGAAGGCCAUAUUUUAUCCCCAUGUGGAGGUGUUUGCAUUGACAUGGCACUGAUGAAGAAAAUCAAAGUGUUACAUGUUAAGGACAUGGAUGUUGUUGUUGAGCCUGGUAUUGGGUGGAUGGAACUGAACGAGUAUUUGAAGCCUUAUGGGCUUUUCUUCCCACUUGAUCCAGGCCCGGGUGCUUCAAUUGGAGGCAUGUGUGCUACACGUUGUUCUGGUUCUUUGGCAGUGAGGUAUGGGACAAUGCGAGAUAAUGUCAUAAGCCUUCAGCAGGUUGUUCUGGCAGAUGGUGGCAUUGUCAAAACUGCUUCACGUGCUCGGAAGAGUUCUGCAGGCUACGACUUAACUAGAUUGCUGAUUGGAAGUGAAGGCACCUUGGGUGUCAUUACAGAGGUGACUCUGCGACUGCAGAAGCUCCCUGAACAUUCUGUGGUUGCAAUGUGCCAGUUUCCAACAAUUAAGGAUGCAGCUGAUGUUGCUAUUGCCACCAUGCUAUCAGGAAUCCAGGUCUCAAGGGUGGAACUCUUGGAUGAAGUUCAGGUUAAGGCAAUCAAUUUGGGGAAUGGAAAAAAUUUACCAGAAGUCCCCACGUUAAUGUUUGAAUUUGUAGGCACUGAGGCAAACGCACGUGAGCAGACAUUGUUAGUCCAGAAGAUUGUUGGGGAGCACAAUGGCUCUGAUUUUGUUUAUGUGGAGGAUCCAGAGGCCAAGUCAGAACUUUGGAGGAUAAGGAAAGAGGCACUUUGGGCAUGCUUGGCAAUGAAACCUGAUUAUGAAGCAAUGAUAACGGAUGUGUGUGUUCCUUUAUCACGCCUUGCCGAAUGCAUUUCAAAAUCGAAAAUUGAACUUGAUGCUUCACCACUGGUCUGCACGGUGAUUGCCCAUGCAGGUGAUGGGAAUUUUCAUACAUUUAUCUUGUUUGAUCCAAACAAUGAGGAGCACCUUCGGGAAGCUGAAAGAUUGAACCAUUUUAUGGUUGACACUGCUUUAUCUAUGGAAGGGACCUGUACAGGAGAACAUGGUGUUGGUUCUGGUAAAAUGAAGUAUCUAGAGAAGGAGCUGGGCAUCCAAGCGCUGAGGACCAUGAAAAAAAUAAAGACUGCUUUGGAUCCGAAUGACAUCAUGAACCCAGGAAAGCUCAUUCCUCCACACGUUUGUUUUUAACAAGCCAUUUUUGCAUACAAUAUCGUUUUUUCUCCUUUCUUUCCCAUUUGCAAGUUGUUGUUAGGCAGUCCUACCAGAUAAACUCCAAGAAGGUCCCCUGCGUAUUAAGCUCUUGAUCUUCUUCAACUUGAUGGACUGAAGUCCAAUGCAAGCCUGGUGGAGAGAGCUCUUAUUUUAUUGGCAUAUCCUGUUGUGUUAUUGUAUUUGCAAAAUAAAUACUCUUGUACGGACAUAUAUUCUCACAAAAUAAUUUGCAUAAUUGCUAGGCAAUCUAAAUCCUUU